CCGCUCGUCUCUGGAAACAUCCUCCCCGGUCUCCUCCUUCUGCAUCGGGUUCAUCUGCGUUGCCCUGAGCCAUGUCCAUAUUCAGCGAUGUCCCGCUGGCUCCUCCGGUAGCGGUUUUCAAACUAACUGCCGACUUCAGGGAGGAUGGCAACCCGCAGAAGGUGAAUCUGGGAGUUGGAGCGUACCGUACCGAUGACUGCCAGCCCUGGGUGCUGCCGGUGGUGAAGAAGGUGGAGCGCAUGAUCGUGGAGGACGGCAGCCUGAACCACGAGUACCUGCCCAUCCUCGGGCUGCCCGAGUUCCGCUCCGCCUCGGCCAAGGUUGCCCUGGGCGACGACAGCCCCGCCAUCAAAGACAACAGGGUGGGAGGGGUCCAGGCUCUCGGGGGGACAGGUGCUCUGAGGAUCGGGGCAGAGUUCCUGCGGCGUUGGUACAAUGGCGUCAACAACACGGCCACGCCUGUCUACGUCUCAGCGCCCACCUGGGAGAACCACAACAGUGUGUUUACUGACGCUGGCUUCAAAGACAUCCGGCCAUACCACUACUGGGACGCUGCUAACAGGGGCCUGGACCUCGCCGGGCUCCUGGAUGACCUGGAGAAAGCUCCAGAACGCUCCAUCUUCCUCCUCCACGCCUGCGCACACAACCCCACCGGCACCGACCCGACCCAGGACGAGUGGAAGAAGAUCGCCGAGAUCAUGAAGAGGAGGAACUUGUUUGCGUUCUUUGACUCGGCCUACCAGGGUUUCGCCUCCGGCAAUCUGGAAAAAGAUGCCUGGGCCAUCCGCUACUUUGUCUCGGAGGGCUUUGAGCUCUUUAUAGCUCAGUCCUACUCCAAAAACUUUGGCCUUUACAAUGAGAGAGUUGGCAACCUGACCGUGGUCGCCCAGGACAGCGAGAACCUGAGCCGCACCCUGUCCCAGAUGGAGAAGAUUGUCAGGACGACUUGGUCCAACCCGCCGUCUCAGGGAGCACGCAUCGUCAGCAAGACGCUCAACUGCCCCGAGCUCUUCGCCGAGUGGAAGGGUAAUGUGAAGACCAUGGCAGACCGUGUCCUAUUGAUGAGGGAUCAGCUCAAGUCCAAGCUGCAGGAUCUGGGCACCCCAGGGACCUGGGACCACAUCACGCAGCAGAUCGGCAUGUUCAGCUUCACCGGCCUGAACCCCAAACAGGUGGAGUACAUGAUCAAAGAGAAGCACGUGUACCUGAUGGCCAGCGGCCGCAUCAACAUGUGCGGUCUGACCACCACCAACAUCGACUAUGUCGCCCAGUCCAUCCACGACGCGGUCACCAAGGUCCAGUAAAGGCUGCUUCCCUCCGCCCACUUCCUGCCUCCUGCCUCCUGCACUGUACGCCACAGGAGGUUCUCACCAUGUCUGUGCCCUUGUACCCCCUCCCCCCUGCUCAUCCUGGCCUCUGAUUGGUUGAACUGCAGCAGGGAUUUAGCAGUUGAACCAAUGGGAGGACGGAUGAUAUAUAUAUAUUUUUUUUUCUUUCUGUUCUCACAUGAAGGUAUGAAUCUAACGGAGGGGCGACGAUUUUAGUAAGACGCACAAAAGCUAGGCAUGCUUGUCAGCACAGCUCCAUACCAGAAUGGGUCAAAGUUGAGAACAUUUUUUUUCUUUUUAUUCAGGUCCCUGCAUUUUUAGCCUGUUUUUGUGCAAUUUCAAUCACAUCUGUUCACAGAAGACCACUUGAAUAUUUGCUUUCUCUGUCAGGGUGUCCCCCGCCCCCCGGAAAAGUGGUUUAGCCCGGUGGCAAAUGUCUGUUCAAUGACGAGGGCCCGGCUGGGGCCAGUCCCAGACUGAUGGCAGCAGUAACGUAGAGCCCAAUAGUUUGUGUGAUACCAAAUAAUGGACUGAAUUGUGAAUUAAGAAUUUUAAAAAGCUAUAAGACGGACUCCAUAGGGCCGUAAAAGCUAGAUGGACAUUUGAAAAUAAGACCGAGCCCCCCCCACUGUAACUGUGGUUUAAAAAAAAAAAAAACUUUUGUCAUGUUUAGCAUUUCAAGGGAUAUGUCAUGACAUAGCUAUAGAAUUGACCAAAAUGCCUGCUUGAUGUAAAUAGAUGUAACAAUCACUGUUAGAGGUCCUACUAUUUCCUGCAGAAGCACUGAAGUCCUGCUUUACUUCAGCUCUGAGCCCAUAACACAUCUGUUUUCCUUUUUGUCAACCAUCACAAUUUACUAUUUCAAUAUAUGUAUAUUUAAUGCAUAAUCAACUCAUCCCAGGACAUUUCCUAUGCUGAAGUCUGAAGAAGGUCAUUGUAAGCACAGCGGGUAUGUUCCCGGUCACUUAAAGGUAAAUGCAUGUGCCUGGUGUUUUUAGGCUUUGCCUUGUCAGACCUGUGCAGCUACGUAGAUCGUAAUGUUAGUUGGAAGUUGUGCCAUCCGUGAACAAAGUGGCCUCUCCUUCCUCUUUCUGGUGUCUUUCUCUCCACCCUGCAGUGCCCUUGUGGAGUUACAGAAAGCCUCUGUAAAGUCAGUUGUUGUGAUGACACCUGUUCGCCACAUAACCACACUCCCUUUAUGUGGUGUUGUUUGUAAUGUCACACUGCAGUAUGUGUGCUCAUAUUGAAAUAAAUUAUAAACCAUAAGAACCCAAA